CAACCUGCUGUGUGUAUUAGCAGGAUAGUGAGUGGUUUUCCCCUGCAGUAACACAUUAGGAAUGUUUGUGAAGCGUGAACCAUGAGUGCUGCCAUUUCCACAGACUUUCCACAACUUACGCUGGACAAUUUUGAGAACUUCCUGACCUCUGAUGAUCUGUUUGUUCAUAUGUUCAAUACAUUUUUAAGUCUGCCGUCUUUCCCGCAGGCUUUGCUGUAUAAUCAGGAGACUGAGCAGUUUGAGGUGGCGAACGGAGCAGCUGAAUUCACUUUGAAGACAAUCAGAACAGCACUUGAACGCAGCAAAUCACAACCUCUCACUGAUCGCCUCACAAAAACCAAAACCCCUACAGUGGACAACCAUUACACUGUCUCCUGUCUGGACAGAGAACAGGGGAUACAGUGGAUGAGGAAGGAGAGAUUGCCAUAUUUCCUUCAAAGUAGCUGCUACCAUGAGUACAGACUUUCUAAGUUGUUGUUUCAGGGAGGACAUGAUCUAAAUAUGCCCUGGAGAACGUGUAGAUCUUGUCUGUCCAAGCAAUCGCCAACACACCAUUCCAAAGGAUAUAACUUAGCAGCUGAGGCUGUUGAAGGUGAAAAUUCUGAUGAAAUUCAGAGCUGGCUUCAUCUGCUCAAAGAUGAUCCUAUCGAUGGACUAUUGUGGAUGAGUUGUGUGGGAAUACAUCAUCCAGCGUCCUCGGGCCGUAGCAGAAAAAUGCACACAAAUCGUAUUAAAUCCUCCAGAUGUUCCUCCAUCCAUUUCCCUUUCUCCAACUGUGCUUGCAUCGACACCCCGGAAUCAUCAGCUACAUCUGGAGACAUGCAACUUCAAGAGGAGGCUUCUGAACUCCACGUGGACCACCUGGCUGCACAGGUGGUUAAACGUGUGAUUGAAGAUGCUGUAUACGUGUUGAUUAAAAACACAAAAGAAAUGUCUGAGAGGCGUUGCAGCAGGGGAACGGAAACUGUCCAGGAUAUUUGCUGCCACGGUACCUGUUGCCAAGGCGACAAACCAGGCAUCGAUGGCUUGAAGGAGUUUUUGCGAGGCACACCGGGAGGCAAGUUGUUAAAUCUGUGGUUGGACAUUGAGAGAAUGAAAACGAUACAAAACAGAGAGCGCAAAAACAGCUUUUUGGACGUAAUGAGGGGUCGCUACCUACGGGGCAGCAGUCAGAACUGUCUGAACAGGGAGCUGCUCUCCACACUGGGGCUGACGACCUCUCUCUGCUGGACGGAAGAGAGACUUUCUGCAAUACAACCUGACCUCACAGAGUCACUCAUCUCCUACUGGUUUCCUCGCUACUGGACAUCUAUGUAUGUUCAAAAAGACACAGAGCUGUGGAACGAGCGGUGUGUCAGCCUUCCCAAUUAUCCACCUAAAAGUGGACUGCUUGGAUCCAUGCAUGCUGUUCACAUUCAGCAGUCUAACUCUGACAGAUGUCAAUCACCAGACUGCACAAUGAUGGAGAAUAUGCUGAAGGCACUUUUUGUUGACCCUCGUGCUGGUUCGUACUUCACCCACUUUUGUGAGCAGUCUGGAAACCAGCUGUGGAACAAUGCGGUUUACUUUUGGAUCGACCUCCAGCACUAUCACGAGCUCUUCUACCAGGAUGGAUUGGAUCCCUACCGAGUGCAGAGAGCGGCUCAGCUUCUGUAUUCCAAGUAUCUCAUCAGCUCUGCCAAAAGGAGCAUUAGUGUCCCGGAGGAGGUCAGGAGGUGGGUAUAUGACAAGCUGACUCCUGCUUUUGAAGAGCUCUUUGACCACGUUGAGGAGCACGCCUUGCAUAUCCUCAUGGAGGCUUGGACCGUGCUGGUUGACCGGGACAAAGACUCCUUCCUGCAGGUGUGUGUGCAUAAAGUGGAGCGCUGUGUGGACAGUUGGGAAUACAGGGAGCUCCAGAACCUGUACACAGAAUCUAAACAGGUAACGCAGGACAUGACAGCUUCAUAUAGUACUUCAUCUCAGAUGUUCUCUCAGAGCAAAGGGGCCCUCAACUCUUGGUCCAAUGUGCCUCGUCAGUACCAAGGUUACCGUUUAGGCUCCUUGCUUCGCCACUCUCAUGAGAUCUGGCACUUUAUGUCCUUCCUCCAGAAUAAAGAUGCAAGGUCAGUUAGUAUCCACUUGGAAUGCUGGCUGGACCUGGAGCAGUACAGGAGGACACCUCUUCGGAACAAAGCAGUGAGAGAGGACCGAUCUUCACGUAUCGCGAAGAGAUAUCUCAACAGGAAGUACUUUUUCAGCAAGCGCAGUCCCGCCACAGCAGAGCAGCAAAAUCAUAUAUUACACCUGGCAGGUGGACGAGAGCAUCUGAAACUGGAUUGUCUCUCAAAUGAAGUUACGGUGAAGAUCCAGGAUAUCAUCAGGAAUCACAUUGAGAAAACAUGGCUGCCGCAGUUUCUGGCCACAGCAGAGUUCAUAGAACGACAGAAACACAAACCACAGCCCAGCUAUCAAGGACACAAGACGAGAAAAGAAGCCUGGAAGAGUCAGGGCUUGUGGAUGAGUUCCUCCAAGGAGAUCCUUCUAUUUCGACAGCUUCUCCUCAGCCCCGCCUCCUGUUUGCAGUUCCAACAUUUUGUGUCCGUGAAGGGGGACUUCCUGGAGAAUGAUGUGCUCUUUUGGCAAGAGGUGCAGAGGUACAAGGACCUGUGUCAUUCCCACAGCACAGACGCCACCAUUCAACAAAAAAUCUCCACCAUCAUCAACUGUUUCAUCAACUCGUCCACACCUCCAGCCCUUCAGAUAGACAUCCCUCUGGGGCAGGCGCAGCACAUUUUGGACAAACGCCAUGAGCUGGGCCCUUACAUCUUCAGAGAGGCACAGAUGUCAGUGUUCACCGAGCUGCUCAGGUUUUGGCCUGAAUUUCAAGAACUAAGACGGAGUGUACAAGAAGGUCAUCUCCAGGUGAUGCUGUCGGACAAACGAGUCAAACAUAAAGCUCGAGUACGGAGACAGAGGAGGAAGGAGGAGGAAGAGGAGGAGAGGAAAGCCCAGGCAGAGCUAAAACAGAUAGAUUCCAGUUCCAGUGAGAGUGAAGACAUGGAAAAUGAUUCCCAUCAGGGAAAAGGAAGUGAAAAGCGACUGUCAACAACACAGAAGAACUUGCUAUUGUAUUCCCCAGAACCAUUAUCGUGGUCCUACUCCAAAUACAUGGCCGUUCUAAAGAGGGAGGAGACGCUACUAAGGAGGCAGAGUCAGAAGGAAGCGUCGUCGUCCACAUAUUCAGUGUCCUCCGAUGGAAGUGUGAGGUCAAGAGGAAAGUCCUCCAGAUCAAUGUCAACAAUGUGAUGGAAAGUAGUGACAAAUAUCAUUGAUAAAAUAAUUUUAGUAUACUAUUUGUUCAUUUGGGAUUUGCACUUAGGGUUCCAAGAAACUCAAUUAACUUGAUUACUGCCUAUUUUUUAUUUCCAGUAAAAAAAAAUAUGUUAGUCAAUCUUGGUGAAAUCAAACGUAAUGAAUUUCUAUUGUGUAAUAUGCACCCCUUAGUUUAUGUAUAGAAAUGAAUUAAGACCUGGAUUCAUGCUUGUUUAUACAGGGCUAAAUGAUCUGAUACAUUUGUAGGUUAAAUAAAAAGGCAAAGUAAAGAAACUAAAAUUAGUUUUAAAAAGUACAUAUAAUGUCAUUGUUUUUCGUUUCUUUUUCAGUUGCUGCCAUGAAUUGGACUGGUGAGCAUCGCGCUUUUAUUGUGGAAACGUUUAUCAAAACAAACAAAUGUAAUAGACUUGAUCCCGUACCAGCUCCAAACACCAUCUUGUUAUGGGUUACCAACUUCAGAGCUACUGGAUCUGCAUUGGAACCAAAAUCAAUCGGCCGACCUCGCAUCGCCAGAAGUGAUUUAAUUGUUAAAUCAUAAUGAAACAGAAUGACAUUUUACUUUAUUUGCCUUUUAUUUAACCUACAAAUGUGUCACAUCAUUUUACCUGACCCUGUAUGUGCCCUGCGAUGGACUGGUCACCAGUCCAGGACUUUACCCUGCCUUUCACCCAAAGAAAAUGGAAGGAUGGAUGAAUGGACACACAAAGACUUUUUUACAACUUUUUUUAAUUAAAAAUUAUUCUCUAAAUAUAUUAGAAUUUGAAAGCUAUAGUACUGAAAGCUUAGAGUCCAGAGGUACUAAGGCAAAAACAACAAGGUUUGGCAUCAAUGUACAGUAAGAGAACUGUCAAAGAUCAUCUAUUAUUAUUUCACUUGGCAGCUGGAGUUUGUGGCUUUAUAUAUUUUCUUGACAAGUUAUAAAUAAAAAUGUUUUCUAUUUGUGCUGUGCUUUACAAAAUAUAAAUUCUCUAAAGGCAGUUUUUCUGAGUUAUCACGGAUGACGUAUCAGUGGAAGCCGAUGUGUAAGGCUUUAUUCUUUACCAUGGUGAACUUGCUGAUGAAAACCUUGGCGAAGGCGGGGUCCACCAGGUAGCGGUACGACUUGGUGACGGAGGGCGGCGGCUCCGCGACCGUCACUGGAGGUUGCAGCUGCAGAGAUGCGGCGGCAGAGGCGGGGAAAUAGUGCGAGGCUUGCUUCACGUAUUGUACCAGGCGCUGGUACUGCUGCUCGGAUAGACGCUCUCGAACGCCGUCACCCUGAGAGAGGAUAGAGGAUUACUACUACGACUUAAGCAGUGAAGUUCUCGCAUUAUCAAGACUAGUUAUUAUUAUUAUGAAUAAUAACUAUGAACACUACGCCACCUCUGCGUCGCUGGCUACUGUGUGCUGCUGUAAUGUGAGGGUGAGUUCCCCCUGCCGUUCUGCUUCCUGUUUACAUUCCACCUGCAGAGGACACAGUCGCAAUAUUUAGUCUCCAGACACGGAAAAGUUCUACCUGAUUAUGUACAGUAAACCUCGGAUAUAUCGGAAAUUCGCUCACAACGGACAGAUAAAAAAGAACAGAUUUUUCUGUAAUGCAUUUCCAAUAAAAAUUCAUUGCAUAUAUCGGAUUUUUUAACGGAUUUCGCCUAUUUCGGACAAAAUUUCCAGUCCCGUUCCAAUGCAUUUCCAUUAAAUUUCCCUCGCAUAUAUCGGAUGGCUGCAUCGUUAUGCUAAUCUUGUUGAUGUCACUGGCUAUUGUCUUUCUCCUGGCUCCAGAUUUAGGACAAAUAUAAAAGUGAGUGACGUCAAUAAUACUAGCACAGCAGUGAAUGAGAUCUUAACCUCACUAUUGGAAAUAACGUAGGCCUGACGGGCGUAACAGGGCCUAGCUUAAUUAACAAUUUGUUAUGCUCAGAGUCCAAUAAAGUUAAAUUCUCAUUACCUUACGUCUCUUUUCAUUGCCCAGUCCAGGUACAUUGGAAACAUAGUCAAGGAAGUGCCUUUUUAUAACAGAUAAAAUCCGAUUUACGCA